AUGACCAAGUGCACUUUGGCCUCGCCCGACCCGCAGGUGCUGUGCGGCUGUCUUUGGACGACCGGCCUCUUUUUUGGUAACUACAGCAAAUCUGAGGCGUCUUUUGUGUCGGCCCCAAAUCAAAGGCCGUGGAGCCUCGGGCCUGGCCCCCCCUCCUCUUAUCUCGCCCUUCCCUCCGUCGGCCCGUCAGGUAAAACCCUGGCAUUUAUGUAUUGUCAUAGCAACUGGUGUACACUCAUGUGA